GACAGCAGCCCCUCUCUCUCCCUAUCCUCUCUACACUGAGCUCUGCCUGCUGGGUGACCACAUCCUCCUCUUCUACUCCUACCAAGGGAUCAGUCAGGCUGCUCAGCCCUCCCCAGGAAGUGUCCCAUUACUGCUCAUCCAGGUCCCCCUGUCAUCAGUGCCACCUUGCUGCAGGUAUCAGUGAACCUCUUCCAUAUCCAGCAGCUGAACAAGUACCUACCUCAUCAUAACUCCACCAGGAACCGACUUACCACCUGCUCCACCUGCAACUGACCACCUGCCAUCCAUCUCCAGCAGGGAGCUGACAAGUGACAUUACUGUGCUGUACCAGGGAGCCCAUUGCUCAUCUCAUCCUCCCAGCAAGAACCCACCUACCUGACCUAUCCACAGGACACCCAGUUCACCAUCUCCCAUCAUCAGCCCCCAGCACCUGAGUGCAAGGUAAUCAGAGGAGACCAGGACCCCUCACCCCUACUCUUUGGGCACCUAGUGAUCUUCAUGGCAGGAAGGUGCCAGUAGUAAGCCCAUCUGUGAUCACACCCAGGAAUACCCAGGAGGGUCACCAUGCUGCUGGAGAGGGUCCGGAGUAAUUCCCAGAGUUCCUCGGAGCUGUGCCGCUACCCAGGCGGAGGAGAGAUUCCCUUGUGCGCUGGUUGCAACCAGCACAUCGUAGACCGAUUCAUCUUGAAGGUGCUGGACCGCCAUUGGCAUAGCAAGUGCCUGAAAUGCAACGACUGCCAGAUCCAGCUCACUGAAAAAUGCUUCAGCCGGGGUGACAGUGUCUAUUGCAAAGACGAUUUUUUCAAAAGGUUUGGGACAAAAUGUGCGGCCUGCCAACAAGGAAUCCCCCCCACUCAGGUAGUGAGACGGGCUCAGGAGUUUGUUUACCAUCUACACUGCUUUUCCUGCAUCAUCUGCAAAAGGCAGCUGGCGACAGGAGACGAAUUUUACCUUAUGGAGGACAGUCGACUGGUGUGCAAGGCGGACUAUGAAACAGCAAAGCAGAGAGAAGCUGAAUCCACAGCCAAAAGGCCAAGGACAACCAUCACCGCCAAGCAGCUGGAAACACUAAAAAAUGCCUAUAACAAUUCUCCGAAGCCAGCUAGACAUGUCAGAGAACAGCUGUCAUCAGAGACGGGGCUGGACAUGAGGGUGGUGCAGGUGUGGUUCCAGAACAGAAGAGCAAAGGAGAAACGAUUAAAAAAGGAUGCCGGAAGACAAAGAUGGGGACAAUACUUCAGAAAUAUGAAACGGUCAAGGGGUAACUCCAAAUCUGACAAGGACAGCAUCCAGGAGGAUGGUCCUGACAGUGAUGCUGAGGUCUCCUUUACAGAUGAGCCUGCUUUAUCGGAAAUGAACCACUCCAAUGGGAUUUACAACAGUCUCAGUGAGGCUUCUCCAGUUUUGGGCAGACAGGCUGGAAGCAACGGUGCCUUCUCCCUGGAACAUGGUGGUAUUCCAGCAUCAGACCAGUACCAUGACCUGAGAUCCAACAGCCCCUAUGGAAUUCCACAAUCCCCAGCCUCACUACAGGUCAUGCCGGGCCAUCAACCACUGAUGUCAAGCUUAGCAUUUCCUGACACAGGUUUAGGUAUCAUGGCUCAAGGGGUGCCUCCAUCUAUGAGGGUUUUAGGGGCAAGUGGACCCAAUUCUGAUCUUUCCACUGGCAGCAGUGGUGGAUACCCAGAUUUCCCAGCCAGUCCAGCUUCUUGGUUAGAUGAAGUUGACCAUGGCCAAUUUUGACAUGAAACUUCAACUCAUCUUCCAAUGACAAAUGAAGGCUGGACAUGAAGUUUUUGGAAAAAAGUUGGACUUAUGGCAUCAUGCAAUCAAAAUGGUUCUAUGGAGAAUGUGACAUCUCAGAUUGGAACCACGUUUAACAGACUUUUAAUGGCACUAGACAUUAUCAAAAGGGACUACUAUGACUAAGCUCUUCUUGUGCGUGUCUGCUUUACGUUAUCAUAACGUAUACUGAUCGAAAGAUAAAGACUUUGUACCAUGGAUCUCAGCGACUUUCCUCUGCAUCUUUAGCCUUGUGUUGUAUGAUAACAUCUUCAUCAUCUUCUGCAUUCUAAUGAGAUACCUUUGUGUUUUCUUCAUCGUCAAAAUUUACAGUCCCUCUGAACACAGCAUCAUUUUUCUUUUGUAUGCCUGAUAAAGGAGAGGUAGAGAACCUUAAAAGGGGAAAAAACACAUUUUACAAAAACCUCGUACUCUUCAGCAGGAAAUUGAGCAUAUUGUAGAAAUCUCCAGCUUUCUGAAAGAUUUGUCUAUCACCCACUGAGUCUAAAAACAGAAUUAAAACUUGCAAACAACCUGAUUAAUAAUUUAUUCUGAUACUAAACAGUAGUAAUUCAUUUCUAAACAGUCAACCUUUAUCCUACAAUGCUGGUAAAAUUGAAACGCUUUCAAUUAAAUGUGUAACAAGAAAAAAACAAAAAACAAAACAAAUAGACUGAUUUGCAGACCUUGCCAAUCGAGGGUGUUUUUUUCUUUUUGAUCGAAAAAUGAAAUUUUUUACACACACUUUUUGUCUUAAAGUGAGUAUAUAAGAAUUGUUAUAUCUCCCAUCUUCUCUGACCUGUUAUCCUGGCGAUGAAAACAUUUUAUCAUUUGAAGAAUAUUUGAAUUUCUAUAGAACAUGCAGUGUAAAGUAUGAUUAUGUCCCAGAUGCAGAUGUGUUUGGAAAUUGCACUUAAUUCUGUUGCCAAAAAUACAAUACCAUACCUGCAGAACUUUUCACUACAAAUUAUGUUUGUUUUUUUUUUAAAUAAUAAACAUGUUAUACUAUCUAUAAUUUUUUAAUAGUUCAGUUGUGUUGUUUAAUGUUGAGCUAUUUGGCAAAUAACAUCUGUUUGGUUUAUUGGUGGUAUAAGAAUUCAGUAUGUAAAUUGUCCCAGUAAGCUGAAUGCUGUGGAUUCUGUGUCUGUGAAAAUGUCCUCUUAUUUAUUUACUCGUUAAUGAUCAAAACCGUUCUAAACACUGAAUAAAUUUGUCAGCAAAAUAAUGAA